AUGAGACGGUUUAGUACUGGAAACAAUAUUCUGCGUACAUCACAGAUUGUUAAGGAUACCAUUCCCAGCACUUCAAAUUCGGGUUCACAGGUCAGUUUCAAACUAGUCAAUAAUCCACCAACAAUAGCAUCCCUAUCCAUAUCACCUCACAUUCCAGUUUACAUUAGAAAAGGUUGUCUGGUUUCAAUAUUCAACAAUAAUGAUUAUUCUAAUUUGUUCAUAAGAAAUGAAUUUACAAAUUUUUGGUCAAAUGCUUUAAAUUUAAGUUUCAAUCAAUAUCAUAAACUCUAUUCCAAUCAUAAUUCAUUCAAUUGCUUGGUCUCAACUAAUACAAAAAUUAAUAAAAACAGACAAUCUACGUUGUACCACCUCAAUCUAGAUGGUACUAUGGAUUGGAAUGUUACGGGUAGGGAUUCCAUCUUGGCAUUUGAAAAAAAUACAAGUCUAGACAUUGUACCAUCAUCUUCCUUAAAAUUUCAAAACAAAUUAUCAAAUUUUAAUUUACUAAAAGGUAAAGGGAAUCUCAUAAUCAAUGGUAUAGGUUCUAUUAUCAAAAUUGAUCUAAAAUCCCCCAAUGAUGAAAUUUUAUUAAAUACUAAAAAUUUAUUAGCAAUAAGUGGUAAAUCACAAUUAGAUAUUAACAAGUCUAUUGCGGAAAUAAAAUUAUCCCAUGGAAUAGUACAAAAUUAUCGUGCACAAACUUUAUCGGCCAAGAAAGAUUAUCAAUUUUAUAAAACAUUGGGUCACAACAUCUACCAUUGGCUACUGUUGAAAUUUAGAUUACUCAAAUAUGGAAGUCCCUUGAAAUUUGUCAAAAUCACUGGUCCAAGAAACAUUCUUAUCCAGAGUUUCAAUAACACUGUCAUAGAUCCAAGUAUCGACUAUACUUUACCACCUCUACCACCAGACUCUUCAGAAGCAAGUGUAGGCUCCAAAAUAAACGAUGUAAAGAGCGACGUGAAGUUCGCAAAUGUAUAUAAAGAUGGCCGAAUUAAAUUCGAGAGUAAAUAG